UGCCUGGGAGUUUCAUUACAGUAUACAUUUUCACACCGGUCGGGUCGUAACUUGCGCUUAAUCAAUCGUGCUUCCUUAGAGCUUAUAUAUUUUAUAUUUACACACGAUUUUUGUUUGGUUUUGGAUACACUUUUGUCUGAUUUCAGAGAUCCAGCAUGUACGGCUGCACAAUAUGCGAGCACAGGAAGAGUGUACUGAACACUGAGCCGGAAUUCGAUUUCCGGCGACGGAAGCCAAACACCGAAGAGAUGCAAACCUAUGGGCUGUCCAACUACUGCAGUUUCUGCCAGCGCGUCACCUUCUUUGUCAAUCUGUUGGACUAUGAGGGCCCAUUGCGCGGUCCAAUGGCAUGGAAUAUCAUACGUGAGGCUGCGGAAAAGCAGGGCAAGAUACCAGUGCAGGAGCCUUUGGCGCCGCCUGCGUCCCGGGAGAGGGCUGGUCAGUUGCGCAAAGAGUCGGAGGAAUCCUCUUCGGAUCCCGGCAUACGGCAGACGACUGUCCAGCUAAAUGUAGAGUCAGAAGAGUCCUCCUCGUCCAGUGUCAGUGAGAAUCUGAGUGAUAGCCGAACCACUGGGCUCAUACACUCCAUUCUGUACUCUGAGACCGAUUCAGGCACAAGCAGUUCGCGGCAGGCCGCGGACUUGAAGGUGCUCUAUCGUCGCCCAUCGAAUCCACACAACAAGGAACGCCGCAGUUCCUCGCGCAGGAUCAGCGCCCCUCACGUGGCGCCCUCGGGGGGCCUUCUGCUGCAGCGCAAAAUGAUGGAGAAGCGGAAGCAGCGCAAAAUAGAGGAGAAGAGGAGGCGGCUGGAGCAAUUGAACGGCAUUAUGCGUCGCAUCGAAGCCAAGACCAUGAAGCUCCGCACCGAGAUGGUGGCCCUGGAGCACAAGACGCAGCAGCUGGAGACGGGGGAGCGAAAGCCGCGACGGCAACGAGAGGCAGCGGGCGCGUUGGCUCCCAACAACACUUGGUGGGGGCGCGAGAACCUGGAGAAGGUAUUCGGUAAAUGGUCCCCGGAGCGAAGGGACAGCAAAAUGGAAGAAGGGGCAGACAUUCUAAUGCGGGCCAUCCAGGAGAAUAGUGGCAGCCCGAAGCAGGAAAGACACACAGAUCAAAGGGAUCAGCGCACACGCAAGGAGCCGAGUGGUGGUAAGGAUCCGAGGGCAACCAAGGAGCAUCGCUUGCACAAAGAUCAUCGCUCAAGGAAAGACCUGAAGGGAGUACCGGAUCGUAGCCCAAAGAAAGUUCACAUAGAUGAGUGUGCAGUGAAGGAUCGUAGGCAGACGGAGCUUAAAGGGCCCUGGUCCAUGCAGAAUCUAUACGUACGUUCGUCUGCGCCAGCGGAGAUGGCGGAGAAAGACUCCCCGCCGACCGACAGCGUUAGGUUCAGGGACAAUGAGCGUCUGAGGAGUCUGUUGGAGAGUCCCAAAGCGAUGCCGCAGACGCUGCGGGUCUGCAGGGAGCCCUUAUUGUGUCCUGUAUGCCCGGAGUGCCAGCACCGAUGCUUUGUAUCGGACUUCAACACUCACGUGCAGCGGGACCAUGCGAAUGUGAUGCUGGAGCGGAUCAGAGUGGGGCAGACGAAGACCUUCCAUCUGGAUCUGAGGCUCACGAAGAAGAAUCAGCCCGUGUGCCACAUGAUAUACUUUGUCAAGGACAUGAUCAUCGAUCCCCAGGGCGGGCAUACGCACGACCUGCUGCCCGUGCUCGUCAUGACUGCCCGCAUGAACACCGCCGAUGUGCAAAACACCAAGGAGUCGCCCCUGGAGGACGACGAGGCGCUGCAGUUUUUGCUCGUUUGGCUGUGCAGCUAUAAGCCCAGCAACUAUCGUGUGAUUGGCACGAUCUGCGUUGAGGCGACGUGCGCCGAAAUGGCCGACAGCCUGACGGUGCGCACCGCCCGGGCCUACGAUAUACGGGCCAUCCAGGACAUGAACACCCUUUUCCACAGUCCCUCGACACUGGUCAUGCCCUACAACUUUGUCCGGCGCAUCAGCAAGCGGGGCAACCACUCCCUCACCGUUAGCGUCAAAAUUGAGUAGGAAAUCGAAUUAUUUAAUAAUCCUAUUCAAUGCCAAAUUGUAAUGUGUUUAGGAAUCUAUUUAGUUUGAGCCUUUAAAAUUAAACAAUUUGGAAUAUAUCUACAUACGAACUGGCACCAGCACCAUGAUGCAUUUGACUCGAAAAUUGUAAAAGUUUUUCCAUCUGUCGAGCUUAGGCCGAGUCUUUGUUAAUCCCCUUGUUAGUAUAAA